UCCUAACAGAUUAUGGAAGCGCUCACCGUGGACUCCAACGUUAUACGGAGUAACAACUGCAAAUACACAGUUUCGGGUCAACAAUUUUGGGCCCGAGUUUUGCCGGCCAGCUUUGCCGCUGCCGCUGCAGCAAAAGCAGCCGUUGCGGCUAUCACGCCCACGAGAAACCUUUCUGUCUCCGCAAUGGCGUUCUCUGCGUGUUCUACCCUCUGCAGCUGUUCUCUGGUACGCAAUUCCCAACGGCUCACGAUUCUAUCUCCUCCCACCGCCGCCACUGGCUCUUUCCGUUUUCCCAAAUGGAAAAUAUCGCAGUUAAACCGCAGCAAACACGAUCCUUUCGAGUUCUUAUUAUUUUCUACUAUUACCUGCCGCUCAUCGUCCUUCGCCAGAGUGGCGGCCACAAGCAGCAGCGGUGGCGCGAUUGGUGAUCCUGAUAAGAAAGAACUGAAGCUGAAAGAAGAUGCAGUAGAAUAUGUUGAGGAAGAACUACCCUGGAUACAAGAGAAGGCAAUGGAUAUUGUUGAAUUUACAGGUUCCGUCACCGAGGCCAUUCCUGGGCCUCGUGUAGGCCGGAGCUCCUUGCCAUGGAUUCUUGCCGUGCCAUUGGCUUAUUUUGGCGUCACUUUUGUUAUUGCCUUCGUCAAGACCGUCCGGAAAUUCAAAUCCCCUAAAGCGAAGCGUCGGAAGUUGGUGAAUAAAAAUGUUUUUCUGUGCAAAUCAAUUGAUGAGCUAUUCGAAAAAGGAAGACAGCACGUUGAUGAUGUAGAGUUGAAAAAACUGAUGCAAAAGACAAAUUUUGAUGUGGCGAGUAUUUUUCGCAAAUAUAUUCGAUAUGCCUUGAAUGAGAAGCCUUUUAACCCAGAUUUGGUAGCUGAUCUAAUUCAACUUAGGAAGGCCUCACUGUUAAGUGAUUCUCAAGUAGCUGGAAUUCUGAAUGAAAUCUCAAGACGUAUAGUGAAAGACAAAGGACCCGUUGUCAUGGACAUGUCAGGCUAUUCUGAAAAGGGCUUCAAGAGAAAACUUGCAGUGCAAACUCUAUUUGGAAAGAUUUAUUAUUUGUCAGAGUUGCCAGAGUUUUGUUCGAGGGGUAGCUCCUUAACUGUUAAAGAACUAUUUGGGGUAGCAGAUGAGGAUGCUGAAAAGCUUAGGUUGCAUACUAUCUCAGACGUUGGGAACAUGGAAACACUGGAAAAGAUGGUCAAUGGCUCUGAUUCAGAAGAUUCAAAUGACGAGUGACGCGUCAUCUAAUGCUUCUUAAACUAACCUUAUAUUGAGAAGAGUUUAGUGAUAGGUUUAAAAAGCAAGCAAUGAUGAUUUAUCCAAAUGAUGCAGAGCGGUUGUUAAGUAGUUUUCUUUUCUAUUUUAUGUUUCAUUUUUGUUGAUUCUCCAAUUCAAACUGAAACAGUGGUAUGCCUCUUUUGCAGUUGAUGCAUGAUCUGAUUCUAGAUAAGCAGGUGGUUCAGGAAUUUUGAUUUUUUUUUUUAUUUACAAAAAGGCAAUUUUGUAUUAAUAUCACAGGGCUGUUUCCAC